GUUAGAACAAAACUUUAAAAAUGACUAAAGAGGUAAUUUAAUGACACAAACAAAACAACAAAACUCGUGUUUCGUGUACGAUUGAAUCGCAAAAUGAAAAAAAAAUUGAAAUAACACAAAAUGAAAAGGAUGUACGGUCGUACGCUCUGUGGGCUGCGCACUUGCGCAGUAAGCCUUAAAUUGCGAGAGCCAGUUUCAACCAGUAGCAUUUUUUAUCAUACCAUAUCCCCUCAUCGUUGAAAAAUCACGAAACUUUGCUCACGCUCUGUCCAACAAGUUUGUUUAUGAAUUCAUUUCGAUAAGUCAACAACAGAUCUUUUUCGUUGUAUUCGUUGUAUUCGUUGUAUUGAUUCUGUUCGUUUAUGUAUUCGAGUCGCUUUAUUUUAUUUUAGCCAUAUUAUUUGCAAAUUUGACUUCAAGUGGAAACUUUAUAACAUGGAAUCAUCCAUUCGCAAUACUGAGAUAAAUAUGAAUGGUCAGAGCCACGAAGAAACUUACAUCGUCGAAAAGAUCGUGAAGAAGAGAAUAAGGAAAGGACAAGAACAAUACCUAGUCAAAUGGCUGGGUUAUCCGUCAUCAAAGAAUACCUGGGAGCCAAGAUCGCAUCUCGCUGAAUGCAAAUAUUUAAUCGCACAGCUCGAAUCGCGAAAAAAAACACCGAGCAAGCGAAGAUCAAAAGCCUCCAAAGGAUCAACUUCUCGUACUUCCGAUAUAAAUGCAUCGCUUACGAAAUCUAAAAACGUUGCCGAUGUCGAAUUGAACGAAUCCACUUCGAAUGGAAUUAGAGGCCGAAGAAGUAAGAAAAUAAAUUCCGAAAAAACAGCUUUUGCGCGCAAUCUUAAGCCUCUAGAAAUCGUGGGCUAUGUCGAAUGCGAUGGAGAGCAUUAUUUUCUAAUCAAGUGGGAUAGUGGAAAAAUCGGUAUGGUUCCGAACAACGAUGCUCGCAAGUUUUGCCCACAAUUGGUGAUUAAGUUUUACGAAAGCAAAAUCAGUUUUCAACCUGCCAUACAGAAUAAUCUUUCUCGUCGUUUCGAAAAUUCGAGUGAUUGAUUCAUUGUGAUGUCUUUUUAUGUAGUUAUAUCAGGUUCCUGUUGUAAAUUAAUGUUAUUUUACUUUGACUUGACGAUAUUAAGUAUGCAUAUUGUAUCAUUUUAUAGUAUGUUUUUACUCUUUCAGUGAUAGUAUUUUUGAAUUGAUUGUAUGCAAGUGAUUAAAUGUUCCUCUUUUUGUAU